AUGUCUGCAACCACAUCGGCUGCAGCGUCUGCUUCAACUACCUGCGGUGGCGGCCUGUUCAAUGGUGGCUGCGGUGCUGCGCUGAACGACGUAGGCCAGGAUUGGGGCACCGUCCUCUCCUCGAUUGUUGUUGCUCUUGUGUCUUUGGGAGCUCAACUCCUUGGCUUCGUCCUUCUUCGCCUCCGACUCAGCAGAAUCUAUCGUCCCAGAUCGUACCUCGUUGCCGAACGCGAACGCGUGCCUGCCCCACCUAAAGGCGUGUGGCAAUGGACGGUUCCCCUCUUCACCACGCCCAACCAGACCUUUAUCGAGAAAUGCGGUCUAGACGCCUACUUCUUCUUGCGUUUCCUGCGCAUGCUGCUGAAGAUAUUCAUCCCUCUCUCCGCUGUCAUCCUUCCCAUACUUCUACCUAUCAAUAAACUCAGUUGCACAGGCUGCACUGUAGGACCCGACCAACUGGGCUGGAGAAACGUCCCUGCUGUACACUCUCAACGCACCUGGGCUCAUCUUGUCCUGGCUGUCCUAACCAUUCUCUGGGUCCUCUAUGUCAUCUACACCGAAUUACGUGGUUACAUCCGCAUCCGACAGGCCUACCUUGCAUCUCCGCAACAUCGUAUCCGCGCUUCAGCUACCACCGUACUCGUCAGCGGUAUUCCUAGAAAGUGGCUGACGGUCGACGCAUUGAACGGCCUGUACGACGUCUUUCCUGGAGGCAUUCGCAAUAUCUGGAUUAACAGGAAUUUCGACCAUCUUGCCGACAAGGUUUCGGAACGUGAUAACAUCGCUCAAAACCUGGAGGAAGCGGAGACCAGUCUGAUCCAGAAGUGUAUCAAAAAGCACAAGAAGAUGGAGGCGAAGAAGGCCAAAGAAGAAGGGCGGACCAGGACAAAGCAAGAGAAGGCACAGGACAAGACCAGAGCAGAUGAGCAAGCCGAGCGUAUCGCCCAAGGCAACGGUAUCAGCUCAGGCGACCCUCACCAAGUCCCGCACAAUCUGCAGGAGGUCCUCGACGAAAUCCAAGAUGACGAGCAAAGACACGACAAACAGCGAGCCUCGUCUCCUGAGCACUUGCGCGACAAGCUCGGUCAGGGCUUUGGUGCUGUAGGUCAUGGGUUCGGUGCGCUCGGUAACUUCGGUCGCAAGGUUGUGGGAGAAGUCGCUGACGAUGUCAAUCGCGUCAUACGCAACGUCAAUGAGUCCGUGGACCAGGCCAACAACAUGACCGGUUUCUACGCAGACGUCAAUGAGCUCAACAAGUCUUCACCUGCUGAGAGACUCGCAUUUGACGCAUCUGUCCCUGCACAGGGGCCUGCACCUGCUCCGGCACCCCUGUCUGUUCCCGCCACAUCUGCGGCCCGUGUUUCGUUCGAUCGUCCUGAGGAUGAGUCAUCUGCAGGCCAUGCAUCCUCUGUACAACCCGAGACCAAAGCACCUGUAGCCCCUAUGUCUUCCGGCUACCACGAGGACGAAGCAAAUCAAUUUGAGCCUGAACGUGCAACCGGACUCAGGAAGGCUGAUGACGUUGCGGUAUUGGAUCGAACCCAGGCACAAGACACCAGACGCUCUGAUUGGAGUGAACCAUCAUCUGCAAAUACGCAGACAACGUGGACGGACGGUCCGAAAUCCGGCGUCAAAGGCUCGAGUACAUCUGACAACGACAAGCCCAUUAAGCCAAGAGGCGCGCCUAGACGAGCGUGGGACAAUAUCAGGAGACAGGUGCAGGCGACUCCACUACCCAUACCUAGCCCUCAACCCUUUGCUGUGGAGGAGGACGAAUAUCCUCUCAGGACCCUUGGGCAGUCGCGGAAUCAGGACCCUAGCGAAGGCCCAAAACAGGACAUGUCCAAGAGCAAAUGGGCCAACAAAUUUAGCUGGCUCAAAUUCUGGGGAAAAGACGAUGAAGAAGAGAAGCCUGUUUAUCCGGAAGCCUUUGACGAAGAACUUGCUACUGCAGAAGAAACCGAACCGAUGUGGCAGCGGUACAUCGACCCCAAAGACCGCGACACUCUCCGAGAGCCAAUUUUUGACAAGCCCUGGUGGCCUCGCUUACCUCUGAUGGGCAAGAAGAUCGACAAGAUCUAUUAUCUACGUAAGGAGCUUGCCCGCUUGAAUGUCGAAAUCGAAGAGGAUCAGCAGAAUGUAGAGCGUUUCCCAUUCAUGAAUUCGGCAUUCAUUCAAUUCAACCAUCAGGUGGCCGCUCACAUGGCUUGUCAGUCUGUCAGUCACCACAUGCCGCAGCACAUGACACCUCGCCUGGUCGAGAUAUCGCCCAACGAUGUUUUGUGGGACAACAUGUCUAUGAAAUGGUGGGAACGCUAUCUGCGUAGUGGGCUUGUUUUCGCCGCUGUCGUCGGCAUGUUAUUUCUCUGGGCGCCAGUGGUCGUGGUAUCUGGAUUCUUGUCGACACUUGAUACUUUGGAGACCAUCUCGUGGUUGUCAUGGAUUUCUAAGCUACCGCCAAAGGCUGUAGAUUUGGUCCAGGGUGUCCUCCCUCCAAUCUUCCUGAGUAUCGUACUAGCACUGGUACCUGUCAUACUGCGACUUCUGGUAAAGCAAACAGGUGUUGCUACUGGAAACGGCAGAGAGAUGGGUGUUCAGAUUUACUACUUCGCAUUUCUCUUCAUUCAAGUGUUCCUUAUUGUCACACUAUCGUCCGGUUUGCCAGCCUUCUUUAAGGAGGUUGCUACUGAGACCACAAAGGUUCCGGAAACGCUCGCUAAGAACCUGCCGAGAGCAUCAAACUAUUUCUUCUCUUACCUUACAGUGCAAGCGCUGAACAACAGCGCGGCCGCGUUGCUACAGGUCGCGGCGUUGUUGGAGUGGUUCCUAUGGGCGCCCAUAGUGGACACCACGGCACGUCAGAAGUGGGCCAGACAGACGAAGCUGAGAAUUGUCAAGUGGGGAUCUUUCUUCCCCCCCUUCACCAAUUUCGCAGUGAUUGGAAUAAUCUUCUCCAUCAUUGCGCCAUUGGUCAUGGUGUUCAACCUUAUUGUGUUCAGCAUCUAUUGGAUCACACAACGGUACAAUGCCCUCUAUGUCUACCAAUAUCGCCACGAUACUGGAGGCCUCCUGUUUCCCAAAGCCAUCAACCAGUUGUUCGUUGGACUCUAUGUGAUGGAAAUUGCCAUGAUUGGUCUUUUCUUUGCUUUCCCAGGUAAGAACAGAUGCACAGCGCAGGCCAUUAUCAUGAUUGUCAUGCUUGUGGGUACGGCUAUCUUCCAAUGGCUCCUCAACGAUGCGUUCGCACCACUUUUCCGCUACCUGCCAAUCACACUUGAAGAUGAUGCAGUUAUCCGCGACGAGGAAUUCGCACGUGCUCAGCGUCUCAAGUGGGAACAUCUGGCGGAUCAGGAAGACGAACACGACCGACUUCAAGGUGAUCCGGAGGUCAGACUGGAGGACCUAGAGAGGAAGGAAGCCGAAGAAGAGGAGCGAGCACUCGCCGAGGAGCGUAGGAUGAUCCAUGAGCACAAACGCACCAGCAUUCGCAUGUCAAGUUUUGGAUCUGGCUCUGUUCCCGAACACGCCCAACCCGCUAUUAUGGACACUAAGCCUGCGAUUAAUAAUAGUGGUGAUCGUUGGAGAAAGGUAAAGCAGGUCAGCGAACCUGUUCGCCAUUUGCGCAAUGUUGCUCGACCACAUGCUCACGGCAGGGAUGGCCAUAGACCUACUGCUGUUGGUGUGGAUCCACAAAGCGCAAAGGUGGACAUGGAGUCUCAGAAACAGGUUGGCGAUGUCCUCUUUGGUGGCUUCAGCGACGAACUUGAAGAUCUGACCCCCGAAGAGCGCGAUACUCUGAUCCGCUACUCCUUCCAACACUCCGCGGUCCGUGCCCGUAGACCGGUUGUCUGGAUCCCGCGCGAUAAUCUUGGAGUUUCGGAUGACGAGAUUGAGAGGACCAAGCGCAUGAGUACUGUCGAAGACAUUGAUCCAGAGACUGAAAAGAGGACCCCGAGGACAAACAUCUGGAUCAGCAACGAAGGAACCGCAUUGAACGCGAACGGCAAGGUUGUCUUUAGAAGAAGCCCUCCCGAUUUUGCCAAUGUAGAUUUGAUUGCUCUGUAG